AUGCAUAAAUUUGGUUGGAAAUACGUUGAGCAAGAAACAUCUUUGCUUCAAAUGAUAUCUGCAGGGCCGCCACCAGAACCAACAAACCACCUGCAACAGGUGCCAAUACAGUAUUUAUCGCAACUUUCACUUCCAGCGCCAUCACACUGGUCUUUAGUAAACAAUACGGCACACCAACAACGGUUAAUAACAACAGUUGGUGCAAUACCUCCACGAUAUACCUUUCAACCGCCUUCUCCAAUGUUUGAUUCAAAGAUUGUUAAUAUAUCUAGCAUCACGGACACAGCCGCAAGACAUGCAUCUCCUUACACACCGCUAUCAACUUUGUUAGGAGCCAAACGGAAGAGAUGGGAUGAACCAAUACCACCAGAAGCACCAAUGACAGUUUUAUCACCGCCUCAAUCGCUACCAUUCAAAACUCCUACUAGUAAGACAUCAAAAACCACGCUGUCGCAUAGAUUUGAGCCAAAUUACAGUAAGUACACUAACUUACGACCAAUACCGAUAUCCCCAACAGUAACGUCAUCAAAAUCAACAGGAAAGAAUUCAGUGCGAGCACCAUCUUUGGCCCAGCCAUCAUAUCCGUCGUCACUAUUGAUGUCGAUAAAUGCCAUGACUUCAAAGUCAGAAAAUAAUAAACAUGAAAAAAUCGUGUCAAAACCACCAUCAACACCUGCUCCAAGAUCACCAUUAAUUAAUGUUGCGCGAGCGCAACCUAAAUCUCCGCCGCCACCUGUCCUACCACAAACACUCAUAACAAAUCAUAUUUCGAAAACCAUGAUGACUUAUGCAUUGGACUCUAAUUUUGUUGUUACGGAUGUAAAAACCAAAUCGAAACAACCAAGAGUAGAUUUAUCAUCAGUGAUUAGUUUAUCGCGAGAACUACCUACAGCUUUACCAUCACCUCCGCCAACACCUCCGCAAGCAAUCACCAGAAAGAUGAGUAAGGGCACUGAUUUAGUAGCUAAAACUACAGAAGUAAAAUUCGAUAACAAACCACCAAUAAUCAGUUUACGCAGGUCGUCAGGAAUGAGUGUAGCACGAGAAAUACCUACAGCUCCGUCACCACCUCCGUCGCCACAAACAUUGGCGAAAAAUUCCUUAUUUACUAAAAACAUGGGUGAACGGAAACCGCCAUCAGUCAUUUCAGGAAGGUCAUCAUUAAGGAGUGUAGCGCGGGCGUCACCUAAAGGUUUGCUAGCAUCACCUUCUCCACAAUUGCAGACGGUAAACAAAAAAGUUUCCCCAACUAUGACUUCUUUUACAUCAAGCUCUGAUUUUGUAGGUUUAGGUGAUAAAACCAAUUCGGAAUUGCCUACAAUGUGUUCACCAACGUCAACAGUAACGAGUCUAGGAGAAUUUCUUACGACUAUGCAACGUUCUUCAUCACCACCCUUUCCACUUGUACUUCCACAAACACCUUUGCUGCCGCUACAAUCAUUGACAACGACUUCUUAUUCAGUCGAACCUAGUUCUAUAGCUACACAAGCAAAAACUGAAGUAAAAUCGCAAUCUUUGCCUCCAAUAAGGGCAAUAUCUCCACCGUUACAAUCAUUCACAAUUCAUUCAAGAAUUGCUAACACACCGGAUUCUAAAUAUGUAGCUGCAAAAGUAAAAAGCCAACCAAACUCGCCUACAGUAGCUUCACCAGUAGCUCAACCGCCACCUCUGCCACCACUCCCGCCACUAGCUUUGCCACCAUCUCUGCUACCAGCUACGUCACCACUGCCACUGGCGAAAAACACUAUGACAUCCAAAUUGGUAACUACUUUUACAUCGAACAACGAAGCAAUAGAAGCAAAAACCGAAUGGAAAUCGCCUUCAAUAAGUUCAACAUGGUCACCAUUCAUGAGUUUAGGAGAAUUUCUUACUGCUCUGCAACGGCCUCCGCCACCACCACCACCUCCGUCACUCUCACCUUCAACAUCACCUCACCCUCUAUCACAACAAUUAUUGAAGGACACAUCAUAUUCAUCCGACCCUAAUUUUAGAGCUACAAAAGUAACAAGCGACCUAAAACCUCAAACUGUAGUAUCACCAAAAUCACCAUGUCCACCACAAUCUUUAAAAAUUCUUAAAACAAUAUCAGAUCUUGAUUUUGCAGCUGAAAAAAUAAAAAGCAAACCCAAAUCGCCAACAGCAAUUUCACCAAGAUCACCAGUAAUGAGUAUAGCGAGAGCAUCACUUUUAGCGUCACCAGCAAUAGCCCCGCCACCUCCUCCACCACCACUUCCGCCAACACAUCCACCACCACUUCCGCCAACACAUCCACCACCACAGCCGUCAUCACAAUCAUUGACGACGAACACCAUGAUAUCAGAAUUUACAUCGCACCAUGAUAUCGCUGAAAAGCCAAGUUCACUAAAGUUACAAGUAACUAAUAUAAGGGAGUUACUUACAACUCUACAACCACCUCCUCCACCACCUCUGUCACCAUCACCACAGCUACCACCUGCAUCUCAGUUGCCACAAUCACUGACGACUUCUUAUUCAUAUGACCCUAGUUUCUUUGAUACGGAAGGAAAAACCGAGCGAAAAUCGCAAAGUUUAGCAUCACCUAGGUCACCAUCUCUACCACCACAAUCAUUGACAAUUCUUGAAACAAUGAGUUCCACAUCGAAUCCUAAUUUUAUAUCUGUAGAAAUUAAAUCUGAGCCGAAUUCGCCUACAACAGCUUCCCCAAAGUCACCAGCUUUGACUGAGGCGCGAGCAUCGCCUUUAACUACAUCCCCAAUAUAUCCGCCACUACCACCUGCGUCAAAUCCACCAUUAUCUCCACCCCGAAAAUCAUUGAAAAUAAUUGAUCCUAAUUUUAUUGCUACAGAAAUAAAAAUUGAACUAAAUCCGCAAUCUUUAAUAUCGCCAAGAUCACCAUCUUACACAUCUGACCCUAAUUUUAAAGCUGUAGAAGUAAAAACCGAAUCGAUAUCGCCAACAGAAUCUUUCCCAAGUUCACCUUUACCUUCAACUCGAAUAGCCCCACCGCCUCCUUUGCCACCGCCUCUACCACCACACCCGCCACCACCGCCAUUGCUGUAUGCCAUGAUUUCCGAAAACUCUUCAUACACAUCAGAUCCUAAUUCUACCACUAUAGAAGUGAAAACUGAACCAAAAUCACCAACAGCAGCUUCACCAAUUUCACCAGUAAUGAGUAUAUUGCAAGAUUUACCUAAAGCCUAUAAACAUGAUGAUUUAUCACAUACUGAGUUGUCACGUCAUCUAGUAACUAUCAAACGGAAAAGUGACGAUGACUCGUUGUUAUCAGCGAUGAAUAUACAAUCGGUUGAAAUCAUCGAUGCAAAGCGUCUGAAAAUGGAAAGCCCUUUAGAAGAGUCAGUAACAAGAGUAAAGGAGGAAAUGAUUUUACAAAGUUCGCAAAAUAAAUUACUGAAAGCCGAUUCUUCAGCAUCGCCAGAAAUAGUAACGCCGAUAUCAAUGGGGAAAUCUAUGGACGCAGCAUCAGUUGAUUAUGUUAAUGAAUCUUCAACACCUACCGUGCCGUCACUUACAUGGCCUUCGGCAUCUCUUCAAUCACCAUGGGCGGACAUACCAUGGGAAACGAUUCAACAAAUCUUAAGUCAGAAACCACCACCGCCACCAACUGAAAAUAUACCCGAAAUCUUAAAAGAUAAAAAUAGUGAUAAAUGCGGGGACAGAUGUUUAAUCGAAAAGUUUUUAUUAUAUGAGACUGUGGCGCACCAAACUUCAUUGUUAAGAGAUCUCGCGAUAUCUUUUCAAAAAGAGCCUGAUUGUGCGGCCAAAAAUGUUGGAGCUAAGGCAUGUGCAUCAGUAUUGGCCUACUUAUAG